GAGAACAACUAUAUACCACCCAUGCUGUAACGGACAAGCGGAGCGACUAAAUCGGACACUGAUGGAACUACUCACCCACUACGUGGCAGAAAACAGGCGCGACUGGGACCUGUGGCUACCUGUGGUAGCAUCGGCGUACAACUCGGGAUGUCACAGCGCGACGGGAUUCUCACCAGGGGAGCUGGUGUACGGGAGACCAAUGCGAACUGUUCUGGAAGACGAAUUCGACGUGGAGAACAUCAAGAACCAAUCUCAUCGUCAGUUUCUGGGAGAGCUGAAGAAGCGCCUGAAACACACGCAUCAGAAAGCACUGGAACUGAUCAGACAGAAGCAGAGUCUUCGCACCGACACGAGACCAGCAACGUUUCAGCCAGGAGAUGCCGUGUGGUGUCGCAAUUUCACAGCCGGAAAAGGAGUGCAUGGGAAACUGAGACCGAAGUUUGAAGGACCCUACACAGUGGUGGAGGCACGACCACCAGACUACGUGAUAAGGAAAGGUCGGAAACGCAGACUGAUACACGGUUGUCACCUGAAGAAGGGGGACAGUACAGCAGGCGAGCGAGAAAUGACAGUGCUGGAGAUCGAGGAGAGACACGGCACUGGAAGGGACGACUAUGCUGAAGCAAACGGACCAGAGGUCGUCAGCGGAGAGACUGAGCUGGCGGCAACGACAGUGACUGGUGGAAGAGAAGAAGGUGUGGCUGAAGAUGUUCAGUUGGAUGGACUGAAUAUCGAUGAUCAGAUACCGAAGAGCGCGGUACAGCCGUCACGAGAAACGGAUGACGCAGGGCUCAAUCCGACGGAGCUGUUGGAACCAGUGGCGAGAGCAGCGCAAGACACGACGGUCGACGGGAAGACGUCAGCGCCAGACGAAACGCCGGACGAGGGAGCCGCUGACAAUGUGAAGACCGUCGAGACCAGUUCGACACAGGACGAUUCGCUGGAGCCAGAUGAUCUCGCGAGGACGAGAGAUGACCUGAACGAGACGGACAUCAGCAUGAUGACCUCAGCUGAUGAGACGGUUCCGGAGGCUGCCGGGACAACGCGAACGAGGUAUGGUCGUGAGGUGAGGAAACCAUCGCGCUACCUCUAGCAAGAACCGUUAAUGAGCUUAGUACUUGGUUUUGAGUUAGGUAUGUUUUAGUGUAAGUUGUGACUGAGGAUGCUCGUGUUCCUGUGACGCGGUAUUGUGGAAUCGCUAGUUGUGCGGUACAGCUUCAAUUAUUUGAUGUUCGCCCUAUGUUUCUAGUUUAAGGGGAGGGGGAUGUUAGGCACGGGCCUUGAAAUGUAAACAAAAGGGUAACCAAUGAGGAGGCGUGAGACAGCCGAAACGGUUAUUAGCGCAAUGAUGAUUGGUGCGGCAGUUAAACCAAUGAGCGAGUGCGAUGCAUCUGAGGCGGCUGUGAGGAAGGCGGUCAUUGGCGGUUGCGUACGGCUGGCCAUAAUGCGUGAACGCAGAAAAUUGGCGCCAGAUUGUUGAGAGCCGCGUGUUGAGGCGGGUUGCGCGAGGGUGGGCUCGCGGGGUAUACCGACAGGUGUUGAGAGAAAUAGAGUUAAGAAGAGAAAAAGGUUUGUUUACGCUCGGCCAAGGAGGAAUGAAGGUUA